CCAAGUGAGCGCAGGCUGAGCACAGAGCGAGGAUACUGAGUGGAAGAAAGGCGUCACGUAGCCGGACCCGGAAGUGUCAGAAGACAGAAGUGUGUAGAGGGGGAGCGGCCGGAAGUGUGUAUGACAAGGCCGUUGUAGAGAAGGCUGGUGGUAAUGGCUGCCUCGUCGUCGUCUUCAUCAGCUGGCGGAGUGAGUGGAAGUUCAGUAACCGGGUCCGGAUUUAGUGUUUCAGACUUGGCACCCCCACGAAAAGCACUCUUUACUUGCCCCAAAGCAGCUGGAGACAUGCUAGAAGAUGGCUCAGAAAGAUUCCUGUGCGAGUCGGUAUUCAGCUAUCAAGUUGCAUCAACUUUAAAGCAGGUGAAGCAUGGUCUAAUCUUUUCAGAUCAGCAAGUGAGUCGAAUGGAGAAGCUGGCUGGGUUAGUAGAAGAACUGCAGGCCGAUGAAUGGAGAUACACACCUAUAGAGCAGCUCCUGGGCUUCACUCCAUCUUCGGGAGGAAAGUGACUGAACAUAUGAUGGAACUCCUGAAUCACCGAGGGGUGACAACUAAAACUAAGACUUCUUUUGGAAGAAAACGUUCAUUCUAUGCUGCUUUGACAAAGAUGCAGAAGACAACAUUUUCCUGUAAGCAAAGUGUCUUUCCAAUCCUUUUGUAAUCUUUAAAACCAUUGGGUUGUAUUUGGCCAGUCCCAUAUAACACCAUUGUAGAACCAAGUAUUAGGUUCUGUAAUAGAAUGAGCUCAUCCACAAAUCACACUUGUUUGUCUUCACUAAGAUCAUCCAGGACAAAAAAUAGAUGUCUUCUAUAUAAUUCCAUAUUUGACUUCCAUGAUGGCGAUUGGGUGCCAUCUAAUUUGGCAGAGUUCUUGGCAGUGGCAUAGUGUCAUGUGGGUACUUUAACAUAUUGUUUGUUUAUACUUCCUAGCUUAUAGAUUUUUGUCGGUUUUUGUUUUAUUGUAUUUUGUUUUUAUAAAAUAAAGUGUAAU